AUGAGUACCCUACUGGAAAUCUACCGGCACAGCUUUCCCAAGCGGCUGCGCUUCGACAAGGCGAGUCAGGUGCUUUACGCCCAGUGCUACUCGAUCAACCGACGGUACAAGAACAAGCGGUACAUUCCGCAGAAGGAUAUACAUGACGUCUUGAAUAGCUACGCCCCCAUGCCAGGCGCACCAUGGCUGCAGCUGCCGAUUGUGCGCCACGUCCUGCUGAUCCGCCUCAUCAACAGCAUCCGUGGGCUGAAAGGCGGAAAGUCGUGGCUGUACAACCGUAACGUGGAGGAGGAGCACCGCAAGAUCGUGGAGUGGCUCAGCAAGGAAGCGAAGGCAUUCCCCGCCCGCCGCGGCACCGUUGCGGCCCGCGCAUCGACCUCGGUGAGGCACGGCAGCGCUGCCGCACACGCCGCGCUGGAGGCCACGGUGGAGCGCGAGCGGUUUGAAAGGGAAGUCCUGCGCAACUUUCAUGUGGCUACUAUGUACCAGCGCAUGAUGCGCCUCGGCUUCAUGCUGGCCGUAGCGCUGUGCUGCAUUGUGUACGCCUCGCUUCAUACGGACAACCUCGUGUACUUGUACCUCCGCUACUGGCGGCGCUACAACCGGCGUGAGAUUAUGGAGUACUUCCGGGAUAUAACCCUGCUACACACCGUGGCGGAGGUGCCGCCGGCGUAUGCCAGCCUCCUGCCACCGCCAUGCGUGCGGUACAAUGACGCCUCAGGGGACGCCUGCUACGCGGUGAACAUGGUAGAGAUGGUGCUACCGCAGCACAACGUCACCGUCAUUGCCAUUCCAUGCCCGCAGGCUGGGGAGAAGUCGUUCUUCGCUCAAGUCGGGUCCGUCGCGGAGGUCUGCGAUGGCAUAAUCGUGGAGGGCGUCAGCUUCGACAAGAUCGACAAGCUCGUACCAGCAGCCUUCUUCCCGCUCAAGAGCAACACAUUCCCUGCCCUUGGACUGCACCACCGCUUCCUCGACAUAUUGCGCAACAGCUCCGCAGAGCCACCGAUGCUGUACCCGGCUGGCGCUGAUAUGGGGUGGGGAGCCGCCAUCAUGCAAGCAGUCCUCCCGUAUGAGCUCCGCUGCGUCUACAACCCUACAGAGCUGUCGGCGACGAAGGGCGAGGCACGUAUUGGCUGGGGCCAUGUGCGACAGGUGUUGGAGGAGAUGAUGGCGGACGAGGCCGCGCGAGCGAGUGAUGAGAGGCGCGUUCUGUGCAUACCGUGGACUCUAAACCAGAUUGUCAACAUCCAGGCUAGUCUUGUGAAGUACGGCUUCAAGGUACGCAACGUGUACCGGCUGCACUGGCAGCGAGAGGAUCACAUGGGCUCGCACUUCUGCGACUACUUCUCCAUCGCUGAGUGA